AAGAAUGCCUCAUCAGAUGUAAAACAAAUGCUUAAAAAUGAAACAGACUUGGAUAUUACUGCUGAUCUCAGAAAGAAACUCCAUCGAGCUAAGAAAGAAAAGUUAGAAAUGACAACUAAGCACAAUUCAGAGCUGGCAAGCUAUGAGAGCCAGAUUGCCCGGCUGCGGUCCGAGGUUGAAAAAGGAGAAGCCCUGCGGCAAAGUCUGGAAUAUGACCUGGUCGUCGCCAGAAAGGAAGCUGGUCUUGGACGACGGGCAGCUGAAGAACGAUUGGCGGAAGCACAGAGGAUCCAAGAAAAACUCUGUGCUCAGAACUCAGAACUUCAAGGAAAGGCAAAUGAGAUUGAGAAAGCAUUUCAGACUUCCCAGCACAAAUGGAAAGAAGAAUGCAGAAGAUUUGAGCAUGAUUUGGAGGAAAGAGACAAUGUGAUUCAAAAUUGUAAUCGAGAAUAUGAUUUACUUAUGAAGGAAAAAAGCAGGCUAGAGGAAACUCUACAGGAAGCGUUGGAAGAGCAUCAACAGGAGAAGAACAAGAUGGAGUCUCAUAUCAGGGAGACGGCGUUGGAGGAGUUUCGAUUACAAGCAGAACAGUGGGAAGCAGAAAGAAGAGAGUUACAGUUGAUAGUACAGGAACAAGAUAGUGCUGUACAAAAUAUGCACAAGAAAGUAGAACAAUUAGAAACAGAACAUAUGGACUGCUCUGAACUUUUACGACGACAAACAAGUGAACUUGAAUUUAGCACUCAACGAGAGGAACGUCUUAGAAAAGAAUUCGAGGCAAUGACUCUAAGAGUGAGGAAAUUAGAAGAAAAUAUUGAAGCAGAAAGAGCCGCCCAUUUGGAGUCAAAAUUUAAUUCUGAAAUUAUUCAGUUACGGAUUCGAGAUCUUGAAGGGGCUUUGCAAGUAGAAAAGGCCAGCCAAGCAGAAGCUGUUGCUGAUUUGGAAAUGAUCAAGAAUGAGUUCAAAGAGGUUGAAAGUGCAUAUGAGCGAGAGAAGCAGAAUGCUCAGGAGAGCUUUGCAAAACUAAAUCUGUUAGAAAGAGAAUAUUUCUCCAAAAACAAGAAACUAAAUGAAGAGAUCGAGGAACAGAAGAAAGUAAUUAUAGACCUUUCAAAGAGACUCCAGUAUAAUGAAAAAAGUUGCAGUGAAUUACAGGAAGAACUUGUAAUGGCUAAGAAGCACCAGGCCUUCCUAGUAGAGACAUGUGAAAAUAACGGGAAAGAAUUGGAAUCGAUCUUGGACAGCUUUACUGUGUCGGGCCAGUGGACAUCAGGCAUCCACAAGGACAAAAAUAAACCUCCCAGCUUCUCUGUUGUCCUUGAGACUUUGCGGCGUACCUUGACAGAUUACCAGAACAAGCUGGAAGAAGCAUCUAAUGAGCUAAACAGCAUGAACGAUGCUAAGGAAAAGGCAUCGAAUGAACUUGAUUCUACCAAACAGAAGAUAGACUCACACACUAAAAAUAUAAAGGAACUUCAGGAUAAACUGGCCGAUGUCAAUAAAGAGUUAAGUCAUUUACGCACUAAAUGUGCAGACCGAGAGGCUUUAAUAAGCACUUUAAAAGUAGAGCUACAAAAUGUGCUGCACUGUUGGGAGAAAGAAAAGACUCGGGCGGCCCAAUCUGAAAAUGAACUGCAGAAGCUCUCCCAGGCUGUCCACAAGGAUGCUGAGGAGAAGCUAACCUUCCUUCACACCUUGUAUCAGCACUUGGUAGCAGGCUAUGUGCUCAUAAAACAACCAGAAGGCAUGCUGGAUAAAUUCUCUUGGUCUGAGCUUUGUGCAGUCUUGCAGGAGAAUGUUGAUGCCCUGAUCGCAGACCUCAACAGGGCUAAUGAGAAGAUAAGCCAUCUGGAGUAUAUCUGCAGAAACAAGUCUGACACAAUGAGAGAGCUCCAACAGACCCAGGAAGAUACCUUUCACAAAGUGGCAGAGCAGAUCAAAGCCCAGGAGAGCUGCUGGCACAAACAGAAGAAGGAACUGGAGCUGCAGUAUUCUGAACUCCUUCUAGAGGUGCAGAAGAGGGCACAGAAAUUUCAAGAAAUUGCUGAAAAAAAUAUGGAAAAAUUGAACCGUAUUGAGAAGUCACACGAACAGUUGCUUCUUGAGAAUUCACAAUUCAAAAAUAUGUCAUCCCAGACUCAAAGGGAGCAGACAUCAUUGCUGGCUGCCUGUGCAUUGAUGGCUGGUGCCUUAUAUCCUCUCUAUAGCCGAUCAUGUGCCUUAUCUACACAGAGAGAUUUUCUCCAGGAGCAAGUGAGCACCUUUGAGUUGUUCAAAUUGGAAAUUAGAACUCUAGCCCAGGCUUUGUCCACUGUAGAGGAAAAGAAGCAAGAGGAAGCCAAAAUAAAGAGAAAACCAUUCAAAGGACUGAUACGUAUAUUCCGGAAAGGUGCUAUUGCAAUUUUGGCAGCAAACAGACUCAAAAUUUUGGGUCAAUCAUGUGCCUCUCUUUUUACUUGGAUGGAAAGUUUCAAAGAAGGCAUAGGCAUGCUGGUGUGUACAGGAGAGCCCAAAAACAAGCAUAAAAAUCCAAAACAUCAGAAGGAGCAGUUACGUUGUUUACAAGCACUGGGUUGGCUCACCAGUUCUGACCUUCUUGCAGCGAUCGUCAGUUCUAUGACGGAAUUGCAAGAAGUCAUUAGUAAGACAGACCCAAAUUCCAGAAUUUGUGGACAUUUACUCAUAGGUGCCGCCAAGAAUUCUUUUGCAAAACUCAUGGAUAAAAUUAGUCUGGCAAUGGAGUGUGUACCUCUGCACAGCAGUAGGAGUAUUACAUAUGUAGAAAAAGAUUCCCUGGUUCAGAGGCUGGCCCGUGGACUUCAUAAAGUAAACACACUGGCCCUGAAAUACGGUUUACGUGGCCAUGUACCAAUUAUGAAAAGCACGGCAUCAUUACAGAAGCAAAUAUUUGGAUUUACACAAAGGCUGCAUGCAGCAGAAGUGGAACGCCGCUCACUACGCUUAGAGGUCACAGAAUUCAAACGAAAUGUGAAUGAAAUGAAAAAGGAGCUUGACAAAACCCAGGGUCUCCAAAUGCAAUUAAAUGAAUUUAAGCAGUCUAAAUUGAUCACCCAUGAGAAGUUUGAAAGUGCAUGUGAAGAACUAAACAAUGCAUUACUUCGGGAACAGCAGGCACAAAUGCUAUUGAAUGAACAGGCACAACAACUCCAGGAGUUGAAUUAUAGACUUGAGUUGCACUCCAGUGAGGAAGCGGACAAAAACCAAACUCUCGGAGAAGCUGUUAAGAGUCUCUCCGAGGCAAAGAUGGAGCUGAGAAGAAAAGAUCAAUCUCUGCGUCAGCUCAACAGACAUCUUACCCAGCUGGAGCAGGACAAGCGUCGACUCGAGGAGAACAUCCAUGAUGCAGAGAGUGCCCUCCGCAUGGCAGCCAAAGACAAAGAAUAUGUUGCUAAUCACAUGAGAACAGUAGAAAAUAUGCUUCACAAGGUCAGAGAUCAGAUCUCACUGUCACGGACUGCGGCAAGUAGGAAUGACUUCACCCUGCAGCUGCCCAAACUGCACCUGGAGACCUUGGCAAUGGAGGGGCUCAAGGGCGGGCCAGAGGUGGUAGCAUGCCAGGCUAUGCUUAAAAGUUUCAUGGAUGUCUACCAGCUUGCAAGUGCUAGAAUCACUACAUUAGAGAAGGAAAUGACAUCUCAUCGAAGUCACAUUGCAACCUUGAAAUCAGAACUUCACACAGCCUGUUUACGUGAAAAUGAAAGUUUACAAUCAUUGGAUGACAGUGGAUCGGGGUGACUUGUAAGGAAAAACCGUGUCAUUUGCCAUUCAGCUGUUGACCCAUUUGGUCAUAAAAAAGAAUAAAAUCCUGAAAAGGAGUUAGCAUUAAGGCGAAUAGAUUCCUGGCUGUGGUUUGGUUCUAGACCUCUUCGGGUCUUCAUCAAGUGUCAGUGUCCCCAUGAAGCCUUUAUAACCAGGGUCUUCAAAAUCACAACCCCCACACCCCUC